GUGGCCGGGCGGCGCCGAGGCCGGCAUGGCGGCGCCUGGGCCCUGCGCUGACGGCCCCUGCUGCAGCCGCUCUGGCGCGCGGCAGACGCUGGACGAGAUGGAUUUUGAGAGGGGAAUCUGGUCAGCAGCCCUGAAUGGAGACCUGGGCCGAGUGAAGUAUUUAAUCCAGAAGGAAGUGGACCCUAGUCAGCCGGACUUGGCCGGCUACACCGCUCUGCAUUAUGCCAGCCGCAAUGGACACUACGCAGUAUGCCAGUUCCUGCUGGAAAGUGGGGCCAAGUGUGACGCCCAGACACAUGGGGGUGCCACCGCUCUGCACCGGGCCAGCUACUGUGGGCACACGGAGAUUGCACGGCUUCUCCUCUCCCAUGGGUCCAACCCCAGGCUGGUAGAUGAUGAUGGCAUGACCAGUCUACAUAAGGCUGCCCAGAAGGGUCACAUGGAUAUCUGCUCCCUUCUAUUGGAACACAGCCCAGCCCUGAAGGCCGUCCGGGAUCGGAAGGCACGACUAGCAUGUGACCUGCUGCCCCGCAACAGUGAACUGCGGGACCUGCUGGCCAGUUGAAUCACCACCCUUCUGUCUCAGGCUGCCGUGCAGGGUACAUAGACUAGGUCUCCAAGCCCCAGCUUUGGUCAGCAUCCAUGCUGCAGGGUGGGGAAGUGGGGCCCGAAGACCCAGGAAGAGCCUGAUUUUGGCCCCUGGAGUGACGGAGUAGAUUUGGGGGGCUGCAAGUGCUUAAGCCUGGACAGAUGACCCUAUUCUAAAUUAGUUCAUGUGGAAACAUCUAUCUGUUUGGAAAAAAUAAAGUUAUAUCCUUACCUCACCCAUGUCCAGAUUAAAUUUCAAGUAAAUUAAAGACCUAAAUUGUACCUGGCGAGGUAGCUCAGUUGGUUAGAUACUCCAAGGUUGUGGGUUCAAUUCUCCACCAGGGCACAUAUAAGAAUCAACCAAAGAAUGCAUAAAUAAGUGGAACAACAACAAAUAAACGUUUCUCUCUUUCUCUCUCCCUCUCUUCCUAAAAUCAAUAAAUAACAACAAAAAACUUAAAUAAAAAGACUUAAAUUGAAAACUACAGAACUUUGCAAGUAAGUGUUAGAAGAAACUACAGAAUAUGUAACAAGCUUCUUGCUAGCUGAGUUAUCUUGGUAAAUGACACUUUCCUCAUCUGUGAGAUGAGGAUGGUUUUAGUAGGACCUGCCUCAAAGUCACUGGGGAUUAGGUAUUUGAAUUAUGGGGAGCACAGGAGAGAGUGCCUGGCAUGUUGCAAGCAGUAGAGCACACCCUUCCUCAAAACCUGAUCACGUUUUUAUACCAUAGUUUCAUGUAUUUUAAUAAUCUGAUACAUUUAAAAGUGCUGUUGCUGUUAUUUUGAAUUGCUGAUUAGUAGUGAGGUUGACACCUGUCUUCUGUGAACUUCCUGUCCACAUCCUUUGCCCAUUAAAAAAUUUGUUUUUAUUGACUCA